AAUUAACCUGCAAAGAUGAACCUAAUUUGUACUGGAUGGUUUUUUAUUUUUUCUGCAGGUAUAAAGGAGUUUGAGGCAAGGUGGAUUGGUUGGGCCGGGGUAAAUGUGCCGGAUGAAAUUGGACAGAAGGCACUUACUAGAGCUCUCGCUGAGAAGAGAUGUAUCCCAGUUUUUCUUGACGAGGAGAUUGUUCAUCAAUAUUACAAUGGCUAUUGCAAUAAUAUUUUGUGGCCCCUUUUCCAUUACCUUGGACUUCCACAAGAAGACCGACUUGCCACCACCCGGAGUUUCCAGUCACAGUUUGCUGCAUAUAAGAAGGCAAAUCAAAUGUUUGCCGACGUGGUUAAUGAGCACUACGAAGAGGGUGAUGUAGUUUGGGUCCAUGAUUACCAUCUUAUGUUUCUUCCAAAAUGCUUGAAGGAUUACAAUAGUAAAAUAAAAGUUGGUUGGUUUCUCCACACCCCUUUUCCUUCUUCUGAAAUCCAUAGGACGUUGCCAUCACGAUCAGAACUACUCCGUUCAGUUCUUGCAGCUGAUUUAGUUGGUUUUCACACUUACGACUAUGCACGACACUUUGUUAGUGCUUGCACUCGCAUUCUUGGACUUGAGGGCACACCUGAAGGAGUUGAGGAUCAAGGAAGGCUUACUCGAGUGGCUGCGUUUCCUAUUGGAAUAGAUUCAGACCGCUUCAUACGUGCACUUGAUGUUCCUCAAGUACAAGAACACAUUAAGGAAUUGAAAGAACGGUUCGCUGGGCGAAAGGUAAUGCUAGGUGUUGAUCGCCUUGAUAUGAUUAAAGGGAUUCCUCAGAAGAUACUGGCUUUUGAAAAGUUUCUUGAGGAAAACCCAACUUGGCGUGACAAAGUGGUUUUGCUGCAAAUUGCGGUGCCAACAAGAACGGAUGUUCCAGAGUAUCAAAAACUUACAAGCCAGGUUCAUGAAAUUGUUGGCCGAAUAAAUGGAAGAUUUGGAACUUUGACUGCUGUCCCAAUACAUCACCUGGAUCGUUCUCUUGACUUUCAUGCGUUGUGUGCACUAUAUGCUGUAACUGAUAUAGCACUUGUCACAUCUCUGAGGGACGGAAUGAAUCUUGUCAGUUAUGAGUUUGUGGCAUGCCAGGAUGCAAAGAGAGGGGUCCUUAUUCUUAGUGAGUUUGCUGGUGCCGCACAGUCUUUAGGUGCUGGAGCAAUUCUAGUGAACCCGUGGAACAUCACAGAGGUUGCCAAUUCAAUUGCUCAAGCAUUGAAUAUGCCCUCUGAAGAAAGAGAGAAGCGACACAAGCAUAAUUUUUUACACGUGACAACCCACACUGCACAGGAAUGGGCCGAAACUUUUGUAAGUGAACUGAACGAUACUGUUGUAGAGGCACAAUUACGGACCAGACAGGUGCCGCCACCACUUCCAAACAAGGACGCAAUUCAAAGUUAUUUGCAAGCAAAUAAUCGAUUGAUCAUACUGGGAUUCAACGUGACAUUGACUGAACCGGUGGACACACCUGAGAGACGAGGUGAUCAAAUAAAAGAAAUGGAACUUAAACUGCACCCCGAAUUGAAAGAAACCUUGUCAGCACUCGCCAAUGAUCCGACAACAACUAUUGUCGUCAUCAGUGGGAGUGACAGAUAUGUCUUAGAUGAUAACUUUGGGGAGCUUGAUAUGUGGUUGGCAGCUGAAAACGGGAUGUUUUUACGCCUUACAAAGGGAGAAUGGAUGACAACAAUGCCUGAACAUUUGAAUAUGGAAUGGGUUGACAGUGUGAAGCAUGUUUUUGAAUAUUUCACAGAGAGAACACCACGAUCACAUUUUGAUAAACGUGAAACUUCCCUUGUGUGGAAUUAUAAAUAUGCAGAUGUUGAUUUUGGAAGACUUCAAGCAAGAGAUAUGCUGCAGCAUCUCUGGACUGGCCCGAUUUCUAAUGCCUCUGUUGAUGUUGUUCAAGGUAGCCGGUCUGUUGAGGUUCGAGCAGUUGGUGUGACAAAGGGUGCAGCAAUUGACCGUAUAUUGGGAGAGAUAGUUCACAGUAAAUCCAUGACGUCCCCCAUUGAUUAUGUGCUGUGUAUUGGACAUUUUCUUGGCAAGGAUGAAGAUGUGUACACCUUUUUCGAGCCAGAUCUUCCGUUUGAGCCGAUUGGUCUUCCAAGAACCAAGAUAUCCGAUGGACUAAAACCAAACGAGAGAAGAUCUUCUUUGAAGGCUCCGGCAAUCAAAGGCGGGUCAAAAUCAUCUCAGAGCAAGGCGCAACGGCUUGUACCAAACUCUGAGAAGAAAAAUGCAAAUCAUAACACCACGAAUCCACGAUGGCCAUCUCCAGAAAAGAUUUCGUGGAACGUACUUGAUCUGAAGAAGGAGAACUACUACUCUUGCUCUGUGGGGCGGACUCGCACAAAUGCUCGCUAUCUACUUCAGUCCUCGGAUGAUGUUGUCUCGUUUCUGAAGGAACUGGCCGGUGCAUCUUCCGCAAGCGUUUCAUCUUCCGAUUGAGAGAUAUAAUGCUCUAAGAUUUCUCGAAAGUGUAGCUUCAUAUGCUUCUGAGUGCUAUUACAUCGUAGAUAUUUCUAAUGCUUCAAUUGAAGUGUUAGAUUGAGUGAUAGAGUAGGUAUUGAAAGCAUCUAAACCAGUGACAAUCAAAGACUUGGGAAGAGGAAGAAGAAAAAAAAACACACCACACGAAGUAAUAUCCUUACUCAAAUAUGCAGUUCUUUUGCUUCA